CCCAAGCACGUCCUACAACUCGCAAGAAAUGGCCAGUGGCGCUGUGGUACUUACAGAUGAUGUUUCUUUGCAGGUUUUCAUGUCGCACUUGCAGAAGUUGGUUGUGUCCGGAUCCAACUAAACAAACUUUGCAGUAUGCCUCACCAUCUGAUCCUGAGCCAAUGUUCAAACAUGGAACGAGGAAAUGUUUUUUUAGACUGUAUGUACGCCCCAAAACAUCAUACUAAUUAACGGUCUCGUCAAACGCACAAGUGCGCCCGCACCCAAAGCGGUUUCUGCAUGUAGGCUUUCUCGCCCAUUACAUGGUAAACAAGUUGGGAAAGCUCGCUCCAUCUCAUCCAGUCGCAAAUGUCAACGCCCGAAAAACUCAGUGCUGACGAGAUCGCGCUUUACGACCGCCAGAUCCGACUCUGGGGCACCGAAACUCAGCUCCGGUUGCGAUCAGCCAAGGUUUUAGUGAUCAGGCUCGGCGGUGUCGGCACGGAAACAGUUAAAAACUUGGUUUUAGGAGGGAUCCACUCCAUCGAGAUUCUUGACGAUUCCGUAGUGAAAGAGGAAGACUUUGCCACGCAGUUUUUCUUGCCAAACGACGACUCCAUUAUCGGCCAGCGUAAACUACCCCAUGUCAUCUCGUCGAUCCAAGAGCUCAACACGCGCGUGCAUCUUCUGACAAGUACAAAUGAUGUUCUAGAGAUUGGUGCGGACUAUCUCCGAACCUUCGACAUGGUUAUUGCCACCGAACUCGACAAGUCGGAGCUUUUGCGCAUCAACGAACUCACGCGAAAACUUCAAAUUCCCUUGUAUGUGGCCGGUCUUCACGGGAUGUUUGGAUACAUUCUCACGGACUUGAUCCAGCACACAUCUAUCAAGAAUCUUGACAAAGGAAAUCAAAGCCGCACUUCCGGCACGGCGAUCAACGGUGUCAAAACCAUAACGGCCGUGGAGUCCGUGGAAAAAGAAAACAAGGAGCGCGUCACUGUGGAGGACACAUACGUGCCGCUAGCGGAGAUCUUCACGUCGACGAAAUUGCCCUCACAAUUGACCAGGCGGCAGCUCAAGCGGCUCUCGGGGGCGUUGCCAUUGGUGAUGUCGUUGUUUGAGAUCGCACGGCCCUCCAAUGCCAGCGAACCUGUGGACCAAAAACACUUGGGCGAGGUGCUGAAAGUUGUGUGUGAAAGAUUGGGGCUUCCCGAAAGCACGAUCAGCGCAGAGUACUUGAGCGCAUUAGCAAGCCAGGCGUAUACGGAAUUUGCGCCCACGGCUGCGAUAGUAGGUGGGGUGUUGGCGCAGGACGUGAUCCAGUACUUCGGGCAGAAGGACAGUCCCAUCAACAACUGCUUGAUUUUUGAUGCCAUGCAGUCGGAGUUGCCGAUAUAUUAUCUUUGACGUGGCUAGCUCCCGAGCACACCGCAGCUUCUUUUAUAGCCAGCUAAUGUACGCCAGCAUUAUGAGCAACAAGUAUGAGCCUUCUCUUUCCGAUGCAAAGAAAUUCUUGAAAAGCGGUCUCUGGUCAGCACCCAUGAAUGGGGUAUCGUGUCCAGUUGGGUU